GGUUAAAUCAAUAAACAUGUUGGUUGGUUUAAACUUCACUCACAGAACAAUCUGAGACUCAAGUACAACUACAAGACCAGAGAUCAGAGAGAAGCAUGAUGUACAUUUUCCUGAGUUUAGCUGCUGGCUUGGUACUUUUACCUUACAUCAAUCCGCAAUGCUGUCAAGUGGAGUGCAUUGGUGAAUUUUUGGUUUCUGGGCCAAAUGGUGUUCUAGACUCUGCGUUGACUGCAUCAAGUGAAUUUGACAGUUUGCACGGGCCGGACAGAGCAAGACUUGGCACACAGGAAGAACUACCAGGGAUUGGGUCCGGGUCUUGGAGUCCUGCUGUGUUAAAUACUGACCAGUGGAUUCAGGUAGACUUUGGUUCUGUGAAGAGGGUUAGUGGUGUCGUAACACAAGGGCGGAAUGCCGGCCCUCAGAAUCAGAGCACUACAGAAUACAGAGUCCUCUAUAGAGAGAAUAUUGAACCAUUCAGAGCUGUAACAAAGAACGGAAAUGAGAUGUUUCAAGGAAACGAUGAUUUGGUGACACCGGUUAUCAACAUGUUCAAAAGUGUGAUGGCUAGAUUUGUACGCAUCAACCCAACAGCUUGGGAAGACUAUAUCGCAUUGAGAUUUGAUGUCAUAGGCUGUGAAAUAUAAUAGAAGAAGCAGUUACCUU